GAGUCCAAUCUUGUCACGAGGAACUUCCUGGAGUUCUUGGACUUGUACGACCAUUUUGCCGGCCAGGAUCUAGAGGAGGACGACGGGGAGACCGAGACCGAGGACGAGGAGUCCCGAAAUGGCGACGAAAACGAGGUGAUAGACGAGUCUGAGUUUCACCACGAUUCGGCCUCGUUCAUGAGGAAGCACAACAAGAGACGGGCCAAGCAAAAGGUGGGCCGAGCGCAGAAAAGCAAGAGCAAGGAGAAGAAGGUGUCGACGCCGAAGGCCUUCUUGCUUUUGUUGAAGGCUUUCUUGGGCACGGGGAUCAUCUUCUUGCCCAAAGCCUUCUCCAACGGCGGGCUUCUUUUCUCCAACUUGAUGAUUGUCUCGUUCUCGCUCAUUUCCUACUACUGUUUCUCGAUCUUGAUCAGGACGACGUCCCGAUGCAAGGUCUCCGGGUACGGCGACAUCGGGUUCAAGUUGUUCGGCAAGAAGAUGCAGUUCGCCAUCUUGCUCUCGCUCGUGCUGUCGCAGCUCGGCUUUGCGUCGACGUACACGGUCUUUGUGUGCGAGAACCUGCAGCAGAUCCUGCAGAUCGUGUACGGCCGGAUCUACGAGCUGGGCUUCUUCUUCCUGCUGCAGGUGCUGAUCUUCGUCCCGGUCUCCUUGACCCGAAGUAUCUCGAAGCUGGGUGUUUGUGCGUUGGUGGCCGACGUCUUCAUCUUCCUCGGACUGCUCUACAUCUACGGCCAGUCCGCCGUCAAGCUCGUCUCGGACGGGCCCUCCGAAAAGGUGGCCGUGUUCAAGCCGGACACGUGGACGUUGUUCAUCGGCACGGCCGUGUUCACGUACGAGGGCAUCGGGUUGCUCAUCCCGAUCCAGGAGAGCAUGCGGGAGCCGGAGAAGUUCAACCGCCUGCUUGUGCUUGUCAUGUUCAUCGUCACGCUCGUGUUCACCAGCAUCGCCAGCAUCGCGUACCUCAGCUACGGCGACGACAUCCACACCAUCAUCCUCAUGGACUUCCCGCGCAACAGCAAGACCAACACCGUGCAGCUGCUCUACUCCGUGGCCAUCCUGCUCUCCACCCCGAUCCAGCUCUUCCCGGCCAUCAAGAUCGUCGAGAACUACAUCUUCCACCAGAACCGCCUCACCUGGAGAGCCAAGAUCCGCAGAAACUCCGAGGCCAUCUCCAACUGCCUCCGAGUCGCCAUGGUCCUGCUCAUGUGCAGCAUCGGCUACCUCGGCGCAGAGAACCUCGACAAGCUUGUUUCCCUCAUCGGCUCUCUCACCUGCGUGCCCUUGAUCUACAUCUACCCGCCGCUCUUGUACUGCAAGGGCUUUGCCGGCGAACUCCGCCAGACCGAGAAGGCCCUGUCUGCCGCUGUCCUGCUUGCCGGCUGUGUGCUCAUGGCCUACACCAGCUACGAGACACUGGCCAACUGG